AUGUUAAGAUUGAAUAGAGCGAAUAGGAUCGAGAGAGAAGACGUGUGGAAGAGCCUUCUGUGUGUGGUCUUUCUUGCCAACGAUGCAAUCCAGCACGUCAACAACAACUUUUGUGGGAGGAAUCCGCACGAGAUCUACUGGGAACCGAUAUUAGUAGUAAUAGUCAACCAUGUGAUGUUUCUUGUCCGGAAAGAACACUAG